AUGGCAGACGGGGACAUCAGCACCUUCGCCGCCCUCACCGAGAGGUUCGACCUGCCGUCCGGCAGCUACAAGAAGCCCAAGCUGCUCUACUGCAGCAACGGCGGCCACUUCCUGCGCAUCCGCCCCGACGGGCGCGUGGACGGCACCAGGGACCGCAGCGACCCGCACGUGCGGCUGCAGCUGAGCGCGCGCAGCGCAGGCGAGGUCUACAUCCGCGGCGCCGCCUCCGGCCUCUACCUGGCCAUGGACCCCGGCGGGCGCCUCUACGCAGCCCAGCUGCCCAGCGAUGAGUGCCUGUUCCUGGAGCGCCUCGAGGAGAACCACUACAACACGUACGUCUCCAAGGUGCACGCCGAGCAGCGCUGGUUCGUGGGCCUCAAGAAGGACGGCAGCAGCAAAGCGGGGCCGCGCACGCACGGCGGCCAGAAGGCCAUCCUCUUCCUCCCACUGCCCGCCACCGAGUAG